CCGGGCGGCGUGAGUUGGAGGUCGGCGGGCCGGGCCGGGCCGCGCGGGCUCCGGUGGCGGCGAUGGUGCGGCAGCCCCGCGCAGGGCGCGCAAGCCCGGCCCGCCGCGGCGGCGAAGGCGGAGACGACGCGGUGGCGGCGGGGGCCCCCUGAGCCCCGGGCCGGAGCGAGCGCGGGCAGCGGCGGCGGGCGCGAGGAGGAGGAGGAGGAAGGAGACGCCGAGCAGCGCGCGCGGGCGGACGGCCGGUGGAGCAGGCGCUGCGGCCGCACGGACCCCCGCGCCCCGGGCCGCUGCGCAAUCCGCGGCCCCGCCGUCCGGGCCCUGCGCGGCUCCGGGGGCGGGGUGCAUGGGGCCGCGGCGGCCGCCCCCCGGCGCCCCGCAGCCCGCGAUGGUGGCCGAGCGGCCGCCGCGGCCCGCGCCUCUCCGCUAACCUCCCCGCCCCCGCCCCGCGCCCGCCCCCGCCCGCUCCCCUCCCCCUGCCCAAAAAGACACACAUCGCCUCCCGGAGUGGCGCCUCCAGUCGCGGCGGAUGGCGGGCGCGGGCGGGCGGCCGAGGCGGCUGCACCCGGCGGGGCGCUGAUGCGGCGCCCGGACCUUGGCUGCGCGACUUUGGGGGCGCCGGCCGCGCGCGCUCUCCGCGAUGCAGCUCCUGAAGGCGCUCUGGGCACUCGCCGCCGCCGCGCUCUGCUGCUUCCUGGUGCUGGUGAUCCACGCGCAGUUCCUCAAGGAAGGUCAGCUGGCCGCCGGCACCUGUGAGAUUGUCACCCUGGACCGGGACAGCAGCCAGCCGCGCAGGACGAUUGCUCGGCAGACGGCACGCUGCGCCUGCAGGAAGGGCCAGAUCGCCGGCACCACGAGAGCCCGGCCCGCCUGCGUGGACGCUCGCAUUAUCCGGACCAAGCAGUGGUGUGACAUGCUCCCCUGCCUGGAGGGGGAGGGCUGCGACCUGCUCAUCAACCGCUCAGGGUGGACGUGCACACAGCCCGGCGGCCGCAUCAAGACCACCACGGUGUCCUGACGACCC